GAAGAAUUCAAGUAUUUUUCAAACGCAAAUUUUAUAAAUUGAAAGUAGUUUUCCAACUAUUAGAGUUCCUCAGAAUUGCGCGAAGCCAAUGAAUAAGUAAUGGAAGCAUCUGAACGCGAAGUUAAGGAUUUCCGUUUCCAGCAACUCUGCAGAAUUCGGAUUUUUGACCCUCCUGAUAGUCCCUUUCAAGGAGUUACUCAACUCAUUGCUUGUUCUUCUAAAUAUGGAUUAACAUUUUUAGGAACAACAAAUGGAUUCAAAGUUAUCAAAACAUCUGAUGUGACAGACAUUGAUAUUAGACAUGCUGCAGAAAGAACCACCUUGAUUGUGGCAGAUCCGCCAAUUAGGACUAGUGUUCAGGUGGAGGGCACUGUAUCUCACCUGUGCUUGAGCUGUGAUGAGCUAACACUGGCUGUAGUUGUCACCUGUAAUGGCAUCAUCCAGAUCUACAUUUAUGAUGUUAAAGGAUUUGCUAACCAGGGACAGAAUGUAGACCCAUUUCAGAAGAUUCGAGUGACCUGUGAAGUCCUGGACAUGGCUUGGAAUCCCACUCAGCCCACAUUACUGGUGGUCUGUAUGAGUGAUGGUAGAGCUCAGCUGUUAGAGGUGGCAGAAAAUUUCAAGAUCGUGGCCUCACUCCCACCAGUGGUGUCAGCCUGCAGUGUGUGUUGGAGUCCAAAAGGAAAGCAGUUAGUUAUUGGCACUGGUAAUGGAACACUGAUGCAGUUUGACCAUGAGCUAAAGAAAAAGAGAGAUUGGGACAGACCCUCUGUUUUACCAGAGGAUCAACAGUUUGAAGUAAAGGGGGUGUCCUGGAUUUCUACCUUCAUGUUUCUGGCCUCAUACUUUCCCCGAGGAAGUCCGGACGAUCAGCCAACUGUUGUAUUGACCUCUGGCUCGAAGGAUGGUGCUCCAGCGUUUAUUAAUUUUCUGGAUCCUUGCUAUGGAAAUGGAGAAGGAAUAGCCAGCACCAUGCACUUUAAUUAUAUUCCACAAUGGGAAAUGGUUUUGUGUACCUCUAGUACUGCUUGUGAGACAGCCAUUGUGGGCAAACACUUUGAUGAUAAGAACACCUUCGAGCGGUGGACCCUGGAUGAUGCAGCUCGAGCUGAGCUUCCUCUGACUGAAGACUAUGCUGACACAUUUCCUUUGGGAGCCGCCAUCGACUUCUCAUCACAGUUCCAAGUUCCAGUGGGAGAGCAGAGAUACCCACCAUGCCCAAUGUUUAUGCUGCUGUCCACAGACGGGGUACUGGUGACCUACUACAUGAUGUACAGCCAUGCCGAGGCCCAGGUCCAGCCCAUCACCAGCCCCCCUCAAGAUCUCCCCGCAGGUCCAGUCAGGAGACCCACUGCAGCUAAUGCUCAAGGCUUGGUACAAAAAGAUGCAGCCCCAAUUGAAGUGAGACCAACUCCUCAGUCUGGACAACCUGGUGUAACUUCAGCAGUCCCUCCAAGUCAAGCAGCAGAAAAUAAGGCCAGUGCUUUUGGUUUCUCAGCCUCUGGAUCUACUGGAAAGUCCUUGUUUGGAGCACCUGCAUCUCAGGGCUUUGGUUUUACCUCCUCUACACCUUCAUCUGGAGGUGCACCUGGAUCAAUCUUUGGGCAGAGCAACACAGCAACAACUCAGGUUGCCUCUUCCACCCCUUCAACUGGAGGUGCACCUGGAUCAAUAUUUGGGCAGAGCAACACAGCAACAACCCAGGUUGCCUCUUCCACCACUUCAUCUGGAGGUGCACCUGGAUCAAUCUUUGGGCAGAGCAACACAACAACAACUCAGGUUGGCCAAAGUUUCCUGGCAUCAGCUCUCUCAGCACCAAUGACUGCAGCCGCAACAUCUACAACAAAAACGGGAUUUGCUGAUACAUCAAAUGCACCUUCCCAAUUCAGCUUUAAGCCACAACCUGCUGCUAACUUUAGUCUGAAUGCCUCAGUUACUAAACCCUCUAUCUCUGCUGUUCCUACACAGCCAGUGGGGGCAUCAACAGCUGGUGGAUUUUCUUUACCAGGACAGAGCUCUGGUGGGAGUAAUUCAGGUUUUAAUUUCAGUCUGUCUUCUUUAAACACAACUGGACAAACAACUUCGUCAUCCUCAGCUCCUGCCAGUAGCAAGGCAGUUACUGCACCAGUAACCCAGUCACAGAUAACAUCUGGGACUUCAGCUGCUUCAAAACAGUCAGUCUUUUCAUUUAGCAGUUCAGCUGCCCCCUCUGAAGGUUUUGGUGUUAAACCACUUGCAACAUCUACCACACCAGCAUUUGGAAUGACACCCACAACAACAGUAACAGCAGCUACAACUAAGUCCAUUUUUGGAACACCCGGCUCCUCUUCUUUGUCCAAGUUUGGAUCAACUCCAGAGACGGCCCAGCCAAAUGCACCUUCAAUGUCCUCAGCAGUGAAGACAGCUACUGGUGGUAGUUCGUUGUUGAUGCGUGGUUUUGGAUCCUCAUCCGUGCCUACCUUUGGUACCAAACCAGGGGCAGCUGCUAUAACACCAACAUUUGGAGAUGCCAAAUCAGCUACAAUGACCCCCGGUUCUAUUCCACUGCCUCAAUCCAAGCCAGCAAUUGCAGCAGCACUAACUUCAAGUUUUGGUGGCUCAAUGCAAAAUCUUUCAGCGUUAGGGCAAGGGCCAAACUUGAACAAUACAAAACAACAGUCUUCUCCAGGUGUUGAGAGACAACAAUCUGAGGGAAGUAGAUCAAAGACACCCGUUGCAGAUGCCAGCCAAAAGACAAGUUCUGCUUCUGAGUCUCUCAAUGAUACUUUUAGUGCAUCUAUUGCCGAGGAGAUUGCUCAUUUUGAGAAAGAAUUACGCGAGUUCAAACAGCGAGCAGGUGCUGUGAGAGAGUCGAUAGGAAGCAAGGAGGACAUGCAACGACUGCGAAACAACACAACGAAGAUCAGCAAUUUCUGUGAUGAAGUGAAAGCAAACACAAAGGAGGUGAGUAAGGAAAUAUCAGACCUGAAGAGCCUGUGUCUGGAUGGGUUUGCUAUGGUAGAGGACUGUAAGAUGAGAGAGCAACGUAACACAGAUGCCCAAUAUGUUCAGCUGUUGAGAAACAGGGCCUUGGAUCCUAAGAGUCUGGCCACAAUGAGGAGCCUUCAGCAGCAGCAGCAGCUGUUGGACCAAGGACUCAGGGAUGUGGACGCCAUUUUGGACCAAGAGUGGGAAAAUUAUCAGAACAAGAAGAAAAAGAGACAAGGAAUUCAGAGACCGACAACUGAUGGAAUAUACCAAGUAAUUAAGAGCAAUAGGAACUUGAUCAUAAGAGAGAAGAAUCAACUGGAUGACCUGGAAACACAGUUGAAGCAGUUAAAGCUGUACAAUAGGAACUCCAGUUGGAAGCAUCCAGACACAUCAAGGGAACCAGCAGAGUUGUCUUCUCUGGCGGACUCCCUCCUGGAAAGCCCAAAGAAAGCUCCAGAUGAUCCCAGGAGAGCACCCAGUGUCCAGACCCUUGACCCUAACAAGCAGGCAAAGCUGCGGGAAUACCUGUCCAGGAAAACUGUGACCAAAGUCAAAUCCACAAGGCCUGAGAACUUGUCCAUGUCUCGCCUAGCAUCCACAGAAAAGAUACGACAGGCUCUAAGCAGACAGAGCUCUCCUACAAAGGCUCCAAGCUCAGCAGAUAUGAAGUCUAUGGUACAAGGGAGGCCCAUUCUACGUGCCACAUCUCACAAUGGGUCUCGACAACUCGUCAAUCAAGGCUUACAGCCAACCAGUCCAGGAAUGGAGGCUGUAACUAGACAGCAAAUCAGCAUGCAGCCCAAGCCAAACACCUACCAACAAGGAUUUAUGUUUGCCAACAGUGGAAAUACUAAGCCAUCCUUGAUGGCUUUCCAGCAGAAACUUCCCCAAAAUUUGAAGCCAGCUGACCAAUAUCCACAAUAUGAGGAUAUUACUCCAACAUCUACUGAUGCAACAGAAGAUGAGGAUGAUGAUGAUUACGAUGAGGAUGAUGAUGACGAUGAUGAUGAUGAUGAGCCUGACAGUGAGCAUGAUUCCGAACCCCUCAAUCGGAAAAUUGCUGAGAGGAAACCUCCCCCCUCGUCCACUGCUCCUGUCAUGGGUUUAUCUGGGGCAGCUACAACCAAGCCCCUAUCUUUCUCGCCCCAGACAUUUGGAAAGGGUAUGUCUGGUUUCACCAGCUUUACUGCCGGAGGAAAUAAACCAGUCUUUGGGGCAAAACCAGAUUCUACAACACCCACUGGUUCUCCAAAGCCAAGCUUUAAUGCAGGAUUCCAAGGAUUCAAGCCUGAUGAAAAGACUCCAACUAACACCUCUACUCCCAAAACAGCAUUUAAGUUUGGAUCUGAUGUCCAGCCAAGCUUUGGAGGUAAAAAUUUGUUUGGCCAACCAUUGAAGACCGAGGAUAAAAAAACAGAAGAAUCCAAACCUAUUUCUUCACCUUUGCUUGCAAAAGCUCUAACAGCAGACUCGGAAGAUGAUGAUGAUUUGGGUCUUGGAAAAAAUGAUACUGCAACAGAACAGGCCAAAUUGGAUAACAAAACUUCUGGAAAGCCAAGCACAGAGCCCAAGUUCGAUACAGCAAGUAAAACACCAUCUUUUGGAUUUGGAAAAGUUCCUUCAAGUAUUGCAUUAUCUGAUUUAGGUAAAGAGGGAUCAGGACAACCUUUGGGAGUAACAUCCGGUUUGUUUGGACAACCUUCAGGUACUUCUGUGUUUGGAGGAGCAAUUUCUAGCACAACUACUUCUUCCGCUGGUAAAAGUGUGUUUGGUUUUGGUGCUUCUGUUGGAGCAUCAUCUGGAGGUGGUUUCUUUGGCCAGAGUUCUACCACCAGUGGGGGAUUAUUUGGUAAAUCAACAAAAGAUGAAGACACUGAUAAAGCGUCUCCUAAGACAACUGCAUCAACAGGACUAUUUGGACAGAACUUGGCCUCUAGUAGUACUGGUCUCUUUGGUCAGAAGAGUUCUCAAGCAUCUGUUACCAGCAAAAGUGAUGUAUCAGGCCAAGAUACAUCUUCUAAAGUUGCUUCCUCUACUGUUGCAUCUGCUUCUGAAAACCCUCCAGCCUCAGAACUGAGUACAGCAUCUGCCAUAUCCAGUGCAGCAGGAAUGACAUCCUCAACACCAGGGUCCAGUUUGUUCGGGCAACCUCAGACAACCACUGCCACAUCUGGAUUAUUUGGUCAAACUUCAGCCGCAGUUUCCACUGCUGGAUCUGGAUUGUUUGGACAAAAAACAACUUCAUCGGGAACGACAUAUGGGCAGGCUUUAGCUCCUCCCCCACCGCCUACUUAUUCUAGUACAGAGGCUGGCUUGCUUGGGAGACCUUUAACUUCAGGCAGUGGAGCAUUUGGACAAUCCUCUACAACAUCAGCCAUUGCAACAUCUUUGUUUGGACAACAAACAACGACCACUGGAUCUGGAAGUUUAAGCAAACAAACUACAACCACUGGGUCUGGACUCUUUGGACAGCCAGCCACAAGUUCUGGUGCCUGGUUAUUUGGACAGCCAACAACAACUGCUUCUGGAUUAUUUGGACAAGCAAAUGCUGCAUCUUCAACCUCUGGCACUGGAUUAUUUGGACAGUCAAGCACAACCUCAACAUCUGGAGGGGGAUUGUUUGGGACAUCUACAUCUUCUUCAGUAUCCACUGCAGGCAGGAGUGCAAGCACAGGGCUGUUUGGGCAAACUGGAUCAGGAGGGUUUGGUCAGAGCUCAACAGGAACAAAGCCAUCAGUGAUUGGUGGACUAUUGUCUGGCACAGAUGAAGCUCCAGCCACUAGUACUGCAUUUGGACAAGGAGGUCCAUCUAAGAACUUAUUUGGAAUAGAGACAUCUUCUGCAGCACCUUCCUUUGGCCAGCCUGCUCCACUGUUUGGCUCUUCCACUGCUUCCACUGGGCCAGGGUUUGGAGGCACCACUACCAGUGCAGGGUUUGGUUCUGCUGGAAGUGGGUUUGGAUUUGGGGGCUCUGCUACCACUACUUCUGAAACAGGAUUUGGUCAGACAAACCAGACAGGGGUAUUUGGACAACCUACAAGCUCAAGCUCUAGUGCUUUUGGAGGAUUUGGAAGUGCAUCUAGUGGACAGACUUCAGGGGGUAUGUAUGGAGGGGGUGGAGGGAUGUUCUCGGGGUUGGGAGGCAAACCUUCCGAAGACAAGGCUAAAACCAAUGUCUUUGGCUCAGUGCCAACCUUUGGAAGUACAGCUGCCACUCAAGCUAACUUGUUUGGCAACCAGAGCCCUAGUACACUUAGAAGUGCUGGUGGAUCAAGUCCAUUUUCAGGCAGUGGAUUCAGUGGAGGUGGUUCCAAUGUGGCAUCCACUGGUUUUGGUGUGGCCAAGUCACAGAGUCCAAGUGGUUUUGGAGCACCACCUAGUUUUGGAGGAACUCCAGGCUUUGGGAGUCAGGCAGCGUUUGGAAGCUCCCCUAGCUUUGGAUCAGCACCUGCAUUUGGAGGAGGGUCAACGUUUGGAGGAGGAUCCUCAUUUCAGAACCAGCUUGGAUCCCCUCAAAACACAGGGGGUGGAGGUGGUGGAUUUGCUGGUUUUGCAUCUAGUGCCUCCCCAACCUUUGGAAGUCUGGCUCAAGGAGGCAGUACUCCCCCUACAUUUGGCAGUGUGCCACAAGGGGGUGGUGGGUAUGGUGGAUUUGGAGCGACUGGUGGAGGGGGAGGAGGGUUUGGAGGAGCUAGUCCAGGAUUUGGACAAGCUCCAAGUUCAGGUGGGAAUCCAUCCUUCACGGGAUACAGAGGCUGAAUACAGAAAAAUGUAUCUGUAAUUAAAUCUACAGUUAAAUAUGCUGAACAUUGAAGUAAGAUGGGAAGACUGUAUAAGUCAACAUGCAGUUUGGAAAAAUAUGAUUUUGAUAAUUCUAGUAUUCAUGUUCUUAGGAAAGUUAAUUAUGAUGUCCUAAUUAUCAAAAUUUCUUUCAUUGAUUGUGUAUGAAAUUGGUAUGAGCAUAUUAUCCUAUAAAUAAAUUCCUUAAACUAG